AUGGCCCGAGCAUCAGACGCUUUACCGGAAAAAGCAAAACGAGAGAUAUUCAGAGCAAGAAGGCUAGUACGGCGUCUCCGGUCUUCCAGGCUAUACUGUGGCCCAUUAUCAGUCGAAAACGAUAGCCCGAUAUGCAGCGUUGAAAGCAAGGGGUCGAGUCUAUAUAAUCCCCUUCGAUGCGCCUCUUCUUUUAACGAUUUGUUUCAUCACUAUCAAGACAAAUCAAACCUUUACAAACAGCUUCAAUCUUUCUACUUCAACUUUUCAAGCUUCGAGCAAGAAAUCACUUACCUAUUCGAAAUGGAGUCCUACGUUGCCCCAACUCAGACCACCAGUCCUGUCAACGCUCGUGGAAGCACCGGCCAAUGCAUUGUUAUGUAG